AUGUCCUACUCCUCCAACCCCGUCCGCUUGAUCACCGACGACCCGCUCCGCCUCCUCCCGCUCUUCGCGUGCCUCUUCGCAGCCUGGGACAACCACCUCGCGCUCGACUCGCCGCGCAAGACCUUGUUCUGGACCACGCUUGCCCUUCUGCUCAACUGGUACAACUUGUGGAACUAUGUCGACCCUCUGAACGUCUUGUUACAGCGACCCGUGCCGUGGCUUUCGAGGGAGGAGAUGAAGCUGAGGCUCGCACUGAGAGCCCGCCUGGACCGCCUGCGCGCCCUGCCAAGACGCUGCAUCACCCACCUGCGCAUACGCCGGUUCAUCUGGACAACCAAACUGGUCGCAUCUCUCCCGAUGCGCCCGGAGCUCACGCAAGAAGUCGUCGAUCUCGACUCGAUCCUAAACUUUCACGUCCUGCGCCUCUUUGAGCGUUCAUCCCCCUUCGAAAGCGCCAAGCGCCUCUACCUGUCAGAGCUCACUGCCUUCUCACGCUCCCUCGCGCGCUUCCCCACCCACUUCGUCGAAGACUCGCAGAGGUUCGCGUCGCUCGAAUCGGUCGAAAACGCAUGGCUAGGGUUCAUCCACUCUUCACGUGACGAACCCGCACAAGCGUACUCUGUUCUACGUUACCGGAUUCACCUCGGACCCUCGACCGCUGCUCCCCCCGCAGGACAGGGAUUAUCUUUGCGCAACGGAUGGGCCAUGAUGCAGCACCAACUGCUCCUCAAUGCAGUGGAUCACCUCGAGCAGCAGUGGCAGCUCGUCCCGCUCCCUCUGCACCUCUCCCACCUCCGCUUCCGAAUCACCCGCUGGCGCGCUACUUGUGCGCUCGUCUUCCUCUCCCUCGCCCUCUGCGUCGCACGCAGAACCCUCAUCGGAGAAGGCUACUACUGGCCAAUCUGGGAGACCCUGCUCUUCCUUCUCUUCAAGCGUCCCCAACCCGCGCCAGACCUCAACCUCGACUCGACCGUCCAGUUGAAAGGCGAUCACUUCUUCGAAACUGCCACGACAGCGAUCCUCGAUCCUCGACUCGCUCAAGUCGAUGUCGGCAACGCAGCGAUCCGGUUCAUCCGAUGGCGCGCAGCGAGCGUGAUGAUGUGCGAGGCGGAAACGGAACUUCAUGAGGAGAUCCUUGAGGCGGUCCUUUUGCGUGACGAGUUGAAGCGGUAUAGGCGAGAGCUUGGCUUGUUGCGCCGCUUGAGGUGA